AUGAUCGUCACCUGCGCCGCGAUCCUGGGCGUCGAUUUCUUGACGUUUCCGCGAAAGUUUUGCAAAAGCGUCAACUCCGGAGUGACCCUGAUGGAUUUGGGAGUCGGAGGCAUCAUCUUCACUUCAGGAAUGGUCUCAUCUUACUCCAAGGGGUCUCCAAAGAAACGAGAAUCUCUUUGGGCAACCGUGAGCCAGGCGGCCCUUCAUAGCGGCCCGUUGGGCAUCUUCGGGCUUAUUCGCCUUCUUUUUAUGUCGCUUACAAAUUUGCAUGUCUCAGAGACGGAGUACGGCCUGCAAUGGAAUUUUUACAUGACCCUAAUGGUGGUUUUUGUGUUGGGCGAGCUGGUAUGCACGUACAGCGGCCAUCCCUACAAGGCUGGGUCGAUCGGUUUACUGCUUCUUGUCUGCUACCAGAUUGUUAUUUCUUCCGCGGAUCUUGAUGAAUGGAUGAUGGAGGGGCCGCGAACAAACUUCUUCUCGUCCAACAGGGAAGGAAUCUUGGGUUCUAUAGGCUUCCUCUGUUUAUUCCUUAUGGCCGUCGCUUUGGGGCACUUCGUUGUCACGCGGGCCCCAACGCACCAAGAGAAGUCUGAGACGAAUCCAAAGCGCCUAAAUUUGUUUUCUCUCGUUCUACACCUUUACUCCUUUGCGUUCCUGUGCAUAGCUUUUGGUUUAUUUUUGCAAGAGGGUUUUGGCCUACUAGCUCGCCGCCGUUUUGUUAAUCUCACAUGGGUGGCAUUUGUUGGAGGCAUUGAACUAUUCGCUGUGGGCACAGCAACCCUCGCAGAUGCUUUGGCUGCUCGCGUAUGCCCACAGUGGGCACUUAGGGGAACCAACGACAAUCAGUUGAUUAUAUUCCUGCUUGCGAAUGUUUGCGUGGGGGCUGUAAACAUGUCAAUACGGACUCUGCUACAGCCGGCAGUCAUGGUGUGGCUCAUAAUGACGGGUUACAUGCUCCUCUUGUUCUUCUGCUCUCUCCGCUUAGGGGUUGCAGAAAAGCGCAUCAGAAUACUGUGA